CACCUCCACCUCCACCUCCACCUCCAUGUCUUAGCUUUACCAUAGUUACUUGCAAACGGAAGCCAACACGUGGACUGGUGGCGAUGCUCCCUAGCUAGCCGCUGAGAACUUCUGUUAAAACAUGUGUUUUUUGUGAUAAUCGUUUUUUGAGAUGUUGACAUUCAUGGGGAAAAAUAUUUAAUUUGCUUCCUUCAGUUUCUUUCUCUUGCGUACGUAGUCUACAAAAACCAGGUCCAAGAAAGGAAGACAGCAUUCUACCAAACAAAGAAAAAAAAAACGACGAGAGCAAACAAAAUUAUGGAGGCUAUUGUAAAUGUUUUUCUUAGAAAGAAGUUCAAGACCUCUAGAGUCAAGAUUCUUGCAAAACUUGCAAUCUCUAGGGCUCAAAUCCUCUGGAAGCAGAGACAAGUUCGGUAUUCCCAUGCAAAGUCUGACGUUAUUGAGCUCUUGAAACUUGGUUAUCAAGAACGAGCUCUUCUUCGUGUUGAGCAUGUGAUGAAGGAGCAAAAUAUGAUGGAUGCGUUUGCUAUGAUCAUGGAUUAUUGCUCCCUCCUCAUAGACAGAGUCAUGCUACUUAAGAAGAACAAGGAAUGUCCUGAAGAGCUAAAGGAGGCGAUUUCCAGCUUGAUCUUUGCGUCUUCUAGAUGUGGGGAGUUUCCAGAGCUGCAAAAGAUUCGUGGGAUUUUUGUAUCAAGAUUCGGGAGAGAGUUUGCUGCUCAUGCGAUUGAGUUGAGGAACAAUAGUGGAGUGAAUCCUAAGAUCAUACAAAAGCUUUCGACACAAUGGCCAAGCUUGGACAGCAGAUCGGAAGUCUUGAAGGACAUUGCUUCUGAGAAUGGUAUCAUCUUGAAUAUGGAGGAAGACGAGGAGAAAUUUGAAGAUGAUGAAUUAUCUGAGGACGAAAAUGAUGUCUUGCCUAAGGAUUUAAAAACAAGAAAGAAGUACAGAGAUGUUGCUGCUGCUGCUCUAGAGGCGUUUGAAUCAGCAGCUUAUGCAGCAGCAGCUGCAAGAGCUGCUGUUGAACUGUCGAGACCCAAAUAUGAGGACACUGAUCGAUGAGAACUAGGAGACCACGGUGGGUGGGGGGGACCAAAAACGUAAAUUUGAUGAGAAGUGUACAUUUGUUUUUCUUGGUUUUUGAGAUUGAGACAUAAUUCUGUUUUCUUUUUCUU